AUGUCCGACGACGACGAGCUCCCGCCUGGCGGUGGCAACCACGAUGCUUUCUACGUCCUCCUUCCCCUUCUCAUCGUGCUCUCUACCUUUCUCUUUCUGCUCCUCAUCUUCCUGCUAUGCAUUAUCCUCCUUCGCCGCAGACGCGGCAUCAUGCUGCGCGACAGCGACGGCCCCAUCGACAUGAGCCGCGAAGAUCUCAUCGAAGGCGAGGGCGGCUUCGAGGGUGUGGAGUCUCGCUGGCUUGAGACCGUAUCCGAGGCUGACCGCAGAGCAUAUGCGCGUGCGAAGGAUUAUCAGCUGCAGUACCGACCAAACUCGUUCCCGACCGAUAUCACUCUUUCGCAGUUCCUUUCCAUCCAGGAAAAGGGCGUGUCGGCAUGGUCGUUCGAGCCGGAUUUCGAGGCGAUAAACUCCAUGCUGGUGCACGCGCGCACGGAGAUCACGUUUCUCCCAGAUCCGUCGUCAGCCACUUGCGUGCAGUCCAAUCUCCCUCUGCCAAAGUUGAACGAGGUGUACUACUGGGAGGUCAAGAUGUUCGACCUCCCGGAAACCACCAACGUCGCCGUGGGUCUUGCGACAAAGCCGUACCCGUGGUUCCGGCUUCCCGGCUUGUGCCGCUUCUCCGUGGCUUACCAUUCUAACGGCGACAAGUCUCACAACUACCCGUUCACCGCCCAGUCAUGUGGCAUGCCGCUCAAGGAGGGCGACGUUCUUGGUGUUGGGUACCGACCUCGCACGGGUACGGUGUUCUUUACCAAGAACGGCCGCAAGAUGGAGGACGCAUACAUGGGCCUCAACAACUGGAACCUGUUCCCUACUAUUGGGGCAGAUGGCCCAUGCAGCGUACACGUUAACUUGGGACAGUCUGGAUUCGUCUUCAUUGAGGCCAAUGUGAAGAAGUGGGGUCUGGCGCCUAGUGUCGGGACGCUGGCACCGCCGCCUCCUUACGGCAGCGAGCGUGGAAGCCUGCUGCUAGCUGCCGGUGGUGACAUUAUGCCCGUGCAGAGCGGUCUUGUGUCCCCUCAAAGCCCCCCUCCAGGCUCCUCUCGUUCACGACGCUCCCAUCGCUCUCGUAGGCCGAGGAGUGCGCUAGGCACUGCCACUCCAGUUGGAUCUUCGUCGAUGCAGGCUAGCCCGAUAACCUCUCCCAGUCCUCCCGAGACACCACCACCACCCAUCACGCCCAUCGAGGAAGAGAUGGAUACCGGCGCCGAAGGGGCUGCCUCGACAUCGCGGAGGUACAUAUCGCCCACUGACCUGCCCUUUCACGAACCUCCUAAUGCUAAUCUCCCUCCUUCCCCGACCCGAAGUGCGAACCCUGAGUCUGGCGUCGUCGGCGGCGAAGGCGAGUGGUCAUCCGGGUCCUCGCAAACGUCACGGUCGCCCUCGCGAGCAGGUGCGAACCAAUUCAACGUCCCUCGUCCCCAGCCAUUCAGCCUCACUCAUCCGCGCACGGGCUCGCGCUCGUCGAUAACAGGUUCGGAGCUCGCAAUCCACGUCCACCCGCCUCCGGAGUCGCCGAUCGGCCCCGAGCCGCCCACCCCGGACCCCCAACGCGACAUCCGCUUGCAGGCAUUCGCGUCUUCUGGCUUGUCAGCCGCUGGUUCGUCACGGAGUUCAGUCGUUCCGGACCGUCCACCACCUGCCUACUCGCCGCUCGACGCAUAUGCGUACUCGGAGGGCGUGCAUAUCGACCUCCCUGCGGAGAUGAUUGCUGCUGCCCUGGAGCGGGGCACCAUCCCUGCCAACAUGAUCGGCAGCGCGAGCUCCCGCUCAGACCGGCAUCGGAAUCGACGAGAGAGGCGGUGA